CGGCCUUUCCUCUUCUCAGGCUCUACGAAAACAAAUGGUCCGUGACGGAGGCCGAACCGAGAUCAUAAAGGCCUGGAUUCCCACUCCACAUUGAGUUUGUUAGCAAGUAUCCUCCACCGAGUCAAGGCUUCAUCUCCAAACAUAAAAAAGACAUGCAUCGGAUAUCUUCGUCCUCGCCCAUCACCCAGAUCCUGCUGGUGAGCCUAGCUUUGGCCAUACUGGCCUUGGUCAUCCAACCUUCAGAAGCCAGAUCCGUGGCCUUGCCCAGUCCACAAUGUCAUCCCGCCGUGGUCAACACGAUGAAACCCAGAAUCCGACAGAUUUGCAAGGCUUUGGAGGCCAUUUGGGAGUUUUCAGAUGUUAUGGAGAACUACUUGGACGAAAAAGAAAAUGACGAAAUUAGCGAGGACAGGGACGAUUACCGACCAGUGAAUCCCAAAUAUGUCCAUAACUUGUCCAUUCCUGGCGUGAAACGGAAGGCUGAGGAUGUGGACCACGUGUUCUUGCGUUUCGGUAAGCGUAGUGGGCUCUACUAACCGGUCUGGAUUGCCGCCUCUCCCCAAUUUUGUCCCGCCAUUUUUGAGAGAAUCCGCAAGCAGAGUGACGCUUUUCGGUUAUCUCCAAAAAAGCUCGAGUCAAGACUCCGAAUCCUGAAUUUGCUUCCUCCGUUUCGAGAUGCUUUCAAAAUGUUUUCUCCCAAGCGUUUGCUUCUCAAUUGUUACCACGCCCCCUUACCCACACACUUAUCCACCCACCAUCCCCUUUUUGGUCCCGUUUUUUAGAAUCAUUGUGCGAGUCUCCAAAUACUUAUGAUGCUGACACCUCUGUUCCCACAAUACUACUAGUAUUACCACAAAAACGACAAUUGUGGUCGUCAUUAUUGCUAACUUACAUUCCUACUGUCCCCAGCAUUCUCCUUCUAAGUGAGUGACUCUUUUUCGCUACACAAAAUACUAUGAUAUACCAUGCUACUAUUGCCAAUGAAUGUACAGAAGUCCUAAUAAGCAAUUGAAUUCGUUUUCGAUUUUGCAUCACGCAAUGUGCAGUGAGUACCAAAGCCUCGUUCACCCGCUUCGAUUGCCGACCAUCCCAAAUCGAAAGCACCACCGCCCCCAUUACAUUUCAUGAUUAUGAUUUAAAUCACUACUAUACUGCUACCACUACCAACGACACACCAUCUUUGUUGUUCCAUGUUUGCGUUACGCACAUAUAGAAUAUCAUUCAGAGUCAUUCCCAUUCAUGAUUGUACUGCUGUUGUGCCAUCAUCGCCGUUUUAUCUCAAACGAGUUUGAUUUCUAUUUUCUUUGCCUAUCACGACGACCAGUGCAUUUCCUCCAAAAAAAUAAAGCGUUUUCUACGA